UGAAAGUACUUUGUCACUUUCUUGACAAGUUCUCAUCGGGUUUGUGAACAACGGCAUGUAGUACGAAAUCAUCUUAGCAGAGUUUGGAGUCUGUUUACUAUUAUUUUAUUAGGGGAUAGGUGGAGAUGGCGGCUGUCCUGCUGCAGAUUCUGGAGCGGACGGAGUUGAAUAAACUCCCGAAAGGCGCCCAGAACAAGCUCGAGAAAUUUGUAACGGAGCUGCAGAAUGCUAACGAGGCGCUCAAGACGCAGCAUGAGCGGUUCAAAGCAGACAGUGAACAGCAGUACUUUGACAUUGACAAAAGACUGGCGGAGAGUCAGGAACAGAUCCUGUCUGCCACCAGAGACCUGCAGACACUCAAAGAGGAAAAUAAAAAACUCAAUGAAGAGCUGAGCGCUCUGAAGGGAAUAGAGGGAGAGACCUCUGAAGAGAAACCGCCACAGCAGCAAACCAAGGCCAAGUAUGAGAUUGAGGCAGAGAAGAGAGAGCUGGCACGGUUGCUAGAGAAGAGAACGCAGGAGGUGGAAAACCUUACUGAGGAUGUGAAGCGCCUGAAUGAGAAGCUGACCGAGACCAGCAAAGUCAAGAUGGAGCUGCAGUUAAAACUGGAUGAUAUACAGUCAUCUGAGGCUUCUGUGCAGCACCGCGAAAAGCGCAUGGAGCAGGAAAAGGAGUUACUGGAGAACAAAAUCGAGUGGUUAACUGCAGAACUGAAGGCCAAAACUGAAGAACUGUUGAGCACCAACAGAGAGAAAGGCAAAGAGAUACUGGAGCUUCAGGGCAGCUUGAAGAACAGCAAGGAGCUGGUGACCAGACUGGAAAGUCAGCUCGCUUCUCUGAAGGAAACCAGUGAAAGUCAGAAUAAAAGAGCUGAAGACCUCAACAACAAACUGAAACAGGCUAAAGACGAGCAGAGUGCCAUGGAGGAGAAAUACCGCAAUGAGCUCAACGCUCAUGUCAAGCUGUCUUCACUGUAUAAGGGGGCAGCAACAGACAUGGAGAACAAGAACCAAGAACUGAGCAGAGCAGUGGAAGAGCUCAGCAAGCUGGUUAAAGACACUGGAGAAGCCAACAAGGCUCUAGAAAAGAAGGUGUCGGAGGGAGAGGAACUAAAGACCCGGUUUGAGGCAGAGCUUCGCGAAAAGAUCAAGAAAAUGGAAAAAGAGCUGGAAAAUGCCACAGUGAAGGCUGCUGCCAAACACUGCUGUGUGCCGCCUCUGACUGAAGAGCAGUUGGACUCCAUGUGUCCAUCAGCAGCUGCCAUCGCUGCCAUCGUCAAGCCUGGCAUGAAGUUCUUUGAUCUGUAUAAUGCGUACGCCGAGUGUCAGACACAGCUUCAGCUCGAGAAGCAGGAGACCAGGAGAGUGAGCAGAGUGCUGGAUGAGAUCGUCCAGGAGGUCGAGUCCAAGGCUCCUGUCCUCAAACGUCAGAGGGAGGAGUACGAAAGCAUGCAGAGGUCCAUGGCCUCCCUGUGCAACAAGCUGGAACAGGCUCGAACGGAGAUCUACAAUUUACAGAAAGAGAAAGAAGAGGCCAAGCAGCGCUGUGAAAGCUUGGAGAGAGAAAAACUGAGGACAGAGAGACAACUAGAGGAUACAUCUACACAGCUCUGUGCUCUUCUGGUGGAGCUGGAGGAAACCCGAGGUAAUCGAGUGACCAAGGACGAUGGCAGCUCUGCCAACAUUUCAAGCACCUCUGAGGUCACCAGCCCACGCCAGCUGUGCUUCCGCAGCGUGGAGGAGCUACAGAGGCAGAACCAAAGCCUGCUGGGAAGGCUGAGGGAGUUGGAGGAGGAGAAAGACAGACAGCAGAGCAACAUAACAUCAGCACGUGUGUCAGAGUUGGAGGCCAGUGUGGAUAAGCUUCAGAAGGAGUUGGAGCAGCUGAGAGAGCAGAGGAACCAACAGAAACAGCUGGCUGACUCCAGCGCCAGACAGCGAGACAUGUACAAGGUCCUGCUGACACAGAGCACGGGAUUCAGCCUGCCGCCUCAAGGUCCAGAUUCUUCAUUGCACCCCGCACCUGUCAGGCCCUCAAUCCCAGCUACUCGCUCUACUCCUCAGAGAGCUGCUGCUGCUGAGUCAGCGCAGGCUGCUCAGGCUAAAGCUGCUUUAAAACAGCUGAAUGAUGCCUUUACCCUCUACAAGAAGGAGAAGGCAGAGAAUGACAGGAUGUUGAACGAAACAAACGACAAGCUCCAGAAGCAGCUGACAGAGCUCCGUUCCAGCCACGCCAAGCUCACCUCUCAGCUAGAGUUCAGCGACAAGAGGUACGAGAUGCUCCAGGAGACUGUAUCAGCUUACCGCAGAGAGAUCUCUGCCCUACAGGACAGGAGCCAGAAAAUGGCUGCAGCGGCCCAGCGCUAUGAGCACGUCAUCCACACAAUGAGCCAGGACCUGCGACAAGCCAAUGAGAAACUGGCGCUUGAAGAGGUGCGUGUAGAGAACUUGACUAAAGAGAGAGACAUGUUAAGACAAGCAGAGAGUCGAUUCAGUCGAGAGAAGGAGGCCAUGCUGGCUGAGCAACGUAACCAGAACCUGCUGCUCACCAACCUCAAGACAAUACAGCUGACUAUGGAGCGCACAGACACAGACACUCGCCAGCGGCUGAACAACAAGAUAGAGCAUCUGGAGGCAGAACUGGCUUCAAUGAAGACUAGGCUGGACCAGGAAGUAGCACAGAGACACAGCCUUGGCCGCAGCAUGGACGCUCAGUUACUAGAAGCUAAGAAACAGCUGGAGACCCAGAACACUUUGCAGCAGAAGACCAGGGAGUUGUUACGCACCUCUGAACAACAGGUGGCAGCUCUAAAAACCCAGCUAGCUUCCACUUCAUCUUCCGAGGUUGUUACGACCACCCCAGUUACCCGAGCUGCAAGCCUCAGAGCGCCACUUAGAGUUCGCUCUCCGCUGCCAGCAGCUUCCCAGCAGCCUAGCCAAUCAGAGCAGGAGCUCGUAGAGGUGAAAGGUCUCCUGCGUACUGCUGAGGAACAAAACGGUGAACUAACAGAGCAGCUAAAGAAUGCUAAUGUUAGUGUGGAGCAGUACAGGGCUGUGGUACUGACUCUGGAAGACAGCCUGAAGAAAGAAAAGGAGUCUCGCUCCCCUCUGGAGAUCCGGCUGAAGGAAUCCGAGGAGAUGCAAAAGCAGCUGGAGAAGAGGAUUUUAGAGGUGGAGAAAAUGAAGCAGCAGGAGCAGGAAGAAGGGAGAAAGGCUCUAGAUGCAGUGGAAAAACAACUGUGUGAGCUGCACCGCAAUUUGAAGACCAGCCAGGCAGAGCAGCAGGAGGCGCUGGAGAGAGCUGCUGCUGCUGUUGCACUGGAGCAGAAGGCCAUGCAGGACAGCCUGUUGCAGACAAAGUUAGCCGCAGAGGCGCAAGCGAAGUAUGAACGGGAGCUAAUGCUUCAUGCUGCUGAUGUGGAGGCCCUGCAGGAGCUGAAGAAGAAAUCCCAGCAAGAAGCAGCACAGAAGAGGGAGUUAGAGGAGCAACUAAACAAGACCACGUCCCUCCUGCAGGAGAAAACUGCAGCCUGGAACACAGUGGAGAGACAGCAGAAGGAGGAUCUGUCCAACAAGAGUCGUCACUGUGCAGAGCUGGAGAAGCAGAAUGCGCUCCUUCACCAACAGAUGGAUGAGAUGGCCUCCAGGAGUCGUCAGGUGCAACAGCAGCAGCCGCAGCUUGACCUGUCGUUCAGCGAGGAAGGGAAGACCACUGAACAGAUACUAGAAAUACUCAGGUUUGUACGGCGUGAGAAAGAGAUCGCUGUGGCUCGAUGUGAGGCGUCCGAGGAAGAAGCCCUUCGCCACAAACAGCGAGUGCAACACCAAGACAGAGAAGUGAAGGAGCUACAGGAAGCUCUGAACGCUGCAAGGGAGAAAGUGCAGGUCACACUGAAGACUCUGGCCCAACAAGAGGAACAGCUGAAGAAGAUAGACACUAUCAGUGCUCUCCAAGAAACCAACAGGAUGCUGAAAGUAGACCAAGACAACCUGGAACAAGACCUGCAGCAGGCUCAGGCUAAAGUUACGAAGCUCCAGUCAGACAUCAAUCCACUACAUCAGUCUUUGUCUCAGCUUUCAGAGAAAAAUUGCUCGUUGCAGGCUGAUAAGAGGAUACUGGAAGAAGACGUCAAACGUUUGAAAGCUAAAAUACAGCAACUGAUUAGCCAACAGAAAGACGGCGAUGUUGAGGAGAGACAGAAAAUUGCCACUGAGAGAGAAGCCCAGCAGAGGCGCAUCGCACAGCUAGUUGAAGAGACAGCCAAGCUGAAGACUGAGCUGGCAAGAUCCAGUGCCAGCAGUAACUCAGCUCAGUCUCAGCUGCAAGCCCUCAGAGACUCUGUGGCCAGUCUGACAUCUGAGAGAGACACUCUGAAGAAAGACAUGGAAACCAAAAUCAAUGACAUCCAGGAGAAAAACAAGACCAUCACUCAGGUCAAGAAGAUUGGUAGACGCUACAAGUCUCAAUAUGAGGAGCUCAAAGCCCAGCAUGACAAGCUGGUUGAGGAAACAGCUGGUAAAGCAGGAAGUGAGGCAAGUUCAAGUGAAGAGGUGCAGCACGAGCUGACCAAAGCCCAGGAGGAGCUCAACAAGGCCAGAGAGGAGCUGAACACACUGAAAGAGGAGGUGAAGACCAAACAGGAGGAGGUCCAGAAGUCCCAAAAAGAGCUGGAGGAGGCCCAGAAGGAAAACCAACAGACCAAGGAAAAGUUCCAGGAGGUCCAAUCCCAGCUUUCUCAGACCCAAACUCAGCUGCAACAAAAUCAGAACCAGCUGACCCAGAGUCAGAAAGAGCUUCAGCAAGCAAAGUCCCUCACUCAGCAGGCGCAGAACCAAUUAAAAUCAGUACAGUCUCAAGCUCAGGCCCGUCAGAACCAGAUUCAGCAGAUCCAGAGGGAGCUCCAGCAGGCUAAAGAGGCUCUUCAGCAGAACCUCGCUAAUCAGAAAGAGCUACAGCAGACCCACCAAAGCAGUCAGCAGAGCCACAACCAGGAAGUCACCAACCUCAAGACUGCUCUCAGCCAAGCAGAGAGCAAGGUGACUGAGCUUCAAGGCCAACUGGACAGCCUGCAGAAGUUGGCUGGAGAGCGUGAGGCAGACAUCAAGCGUCUACAGGAGCAGCUAACUGAAGCUAACAAGGCUAUUGAGGCUAGCCAAGCCACACAGGCCAACACGAGUUCUCAGUCCAUCCAGGCCAGUGAUGCUAACCAGGCACAACAAGAGGAACUAGCAAGACUCCGGCAAGAGCUGUCUGAGGGAAAGAACAGAGAGGAGCAGCUCAGGCAGCAGAUGGCUGAGAAAGAGGAAAAGACCAAGAAGGUCUUCAUGGGAGCCAAGACCAAAAUCAACCAACUAAACAGCGCCAAGGAGCAGCUUACUCAGGAGAUAGAAGAGCUGAAACAGAGUAAGGAGGAACUGGAGGUGAGAAUGAAUGCCCUGAAGUCUCAGUAUGAAGGACGACUUCUUCGCUUGGACAGAGAGCUGAGAGAACUGAGAGAGACACAAGCACACUCUGACCCCAGAGAGGAACCGCAGGACCAGAGCGGAGCUAAGAUGGGUGAUCAGGCCAGAUCUGCAGAGCAGAGACAGAUAUCCUUGAAGAAUACUCCCCAAGACAGGGGAAGCAACUCCAGCCUGUCUGACCCUCCCACUGCCAACAUCCGCCCUACCCCAAGUACUUCAUCUCCUAGCAACAAGCCAAGCCCCUCCUCCGGUAGCAAGGCAACACCCCGUGCCAGCAUCCGGCCUAUGGUUACCCCAGCAACUGUCCCCAUCCCGACGCCUACCGCCACUGUCAUGCCAACCACACAAACUGACAGCCAAGAGGUGCUGAUGACUGCAGGAGCCCCUGUACACUCUACUAGCUCCAGUCUGGUGAACACACCCACAUCAAUAAGCCAGGCUACAGCAUUUGUCCAGCCCACACAGCAGCAGGCAGCAAAUCAAGAUGCAGGCCCCAGUAUGGAGGCAGAGCGGCCAUCUACAUCCUCCUCUCUGAUUGGAGCCGCAGGUUCAAAGCGAGGCAGAGAGGAGGAGGAGGGGGAGGAAGAGGAGGAGAGCAGACCAGAGAGUUCACACACACCUCCGAUCACUAAGAAACUCAGACUAAAACCAUCAAUAGCACUGCAGAUGGAAGGAGACGAAGACAUUGAAGGAGAGCUCAGGGAUGAGGGAGAACAACAGGAUUCACCUGAUGACAGUCAGGAGCUUCCAGAGGAGAGUUUCCCUGUCUUAGCUGAAGAUGAUGAAGACAUCGAGGAUGAAGGCGUCUCUCAGUCUGUCCCCUGUGAUCAGAUGUCCGCUCAGGGCCCUGCUAUAGUUCGGGACGUCAUUGUGAUCGAGACGGACAGUGACAGCCGUGAGAGCAAAGAUGGGGCAGAGAAGCAGGAGGAAGGUGAAGAGGAGGAAGAGGAGGAGGAGGAGGAGGAAGAAGAUGAGGAGUAUAAGGAGGAAGAGGAGGAUGAUGAAGAUGAGGAUGAUGCUGGUGACAGCGGAAUGAGGGGAGGAGAGGAGAGUAAUGAAGCGAGCAGGGGUGCAGAAGAAGAGGGAGGGGAAGAGGAGCCAUCGGAAGCCCCCAGCUCUGAGGAGAACGUGUGUGGAGCCUCUUCAGAUUCCCAGCGUCCCUCUGAGGCGUCACACAGCAGUGAAGCCAGCAGUGGUGCCACGUCAGAGUGCGACCCCCCCAGAGAUCCCAUCCACCUUGCCCCGACCCCGUCCUCCUCUGCACCCUCCCCAUCCUCCCUCUCCUCCCUCACACCCCGCCUGCCCCACCCACGUAGGCCCCCACACCCACUCCCACCGCGGCUCUACAUCCAACCUACAGCUCCGGAGCUGGGACCCCCGCACACACAGAGACAGCCCUCUCAGCUGCGCAGACCAUCCGUAGGACGAGGACCCCAACUAACCCCUGGAAUAGGCAGCAUGCAACAUUUCUUUGAUGACGAUGACAGAAUGGUUCCCAGUACUCCCACUCUGGUAGUCCCACACCGCACUGAUGGCUUUGCUGAGGCGAUACAUUCUCCUCAGGUAGCAGGUCUGUCCACCAGGUUUAGGUUUGGACCUCCAGAGGACCUGCUGCCUCCGACGUCAGCCUCACACUCUGACCUGGGACAGUUGGCCUCUCAAGGAGGUCUGGGGAUGUAUGAGUCUCCCCUGUUCCUGGCUGCUCAUGAUGAAGACGGAGGAGGAAGGAGUGUCCCCACCACACCUUUACAAGUGGCUGCACCAGUCACGGUCUUCACAGAGUCUUUACCCUCAGACAGUGGUGACAACAUGGCAUCCCAGUCGGUUCCCAUGGUAACCGCCUCCACUACUAUGACUUCUGCUGCAGAUGAUGGCGACGAAGUCUUCAUGGAGCAGGAAGGAGAGGGUCCUGGUAUGGAGUCCUCUUUGGAGAGCCAAACAGACAUGGAGUCAUCAGGACAGCAAAGUGAUGAUGGAUCACUGCCAUCUACCAGCCAAGACCCUGACACCAGCAGCGCUCUUCAGCGGCGCACAGUGACUAGUCAGCCUCUGAUCGGCAGCCUGUCAAGCAGAGGAACCAGAGGAGGCAGGGGGACCCUACUUAGCCGCAGAGGAACUUUCUCCCGAGCAGGAAGGGGAGGAGCCGUGGGCAGAGGGGGCUUCGCCUAAUUAUAAUGUCACGGGUGGCAUUUCUCAGUCAUCUCACCCAACGAGGAAAUAACAAGAUGACACUUAGUUCCACACAUUGUUUCUAGCAGAAUGUUGAGACACUCAGUAUGUCAGUAAAUAUCCUGUCUGAUCAAAAUCUAUAAUCGCACUAUUACAGGGAGAGAUUUGUUAUGUUUCUGGUCCUUUGUCUGAUAUACACAUUGAUUGUCAAAUCCAGUCAGCUUUUAGUUGUUUUGUAAUUUUGUUAGUAUCUUUAUUCCACUCUGUGUUUGGGUUGUUAUUACACUUGUUUUAAUAAUAAAGUCGAAUAAUGAUAGAAUGAUA